AUGUCUUUUCCGACGCCGGUCACAUCUGAUUCUGCCAUCUUCAGACAGCCAGACUCCCCGGCAGCAGGACUACGAAUUCUGUGCUCUCACCUGGUUCACGGAGUGGGGAUACCCGAGCUCGCUUCUCCAAUACACUCCAGCCCUUCGUGUACCAGCCCGUUGUCCUCGCAUUCGUGUUCCGCCCAUCCAUCGAUCGAGGGUACAGCCCUAGCCACAGGCGCUGAGGUCAACGGGCCUCAAGAUGACUCGGUGUCUCAAUGA